AAUAAUUAUUAUACUAAAUUCUAAAUGGAGUCUCAUCCAGAUCACUUACCACCUCCCCCUCCACCACCAGGUUCUGAUUCUCAAAGCACUUCCUACCCUCCACCUCCAGGACCCCCUCCAGGCUACCCUGGCCCACCACCAAACGCUCCACCAGGCUAUUUCCCAGGGAUGCCCUUUUACCCACCUCCAGUUUCCGAAAAGCUGUGUGAGAAGGAGAAAUUGCCUAGAAACAGCACAAUUUAUAUCAAAAACAUGAACUCUAAAAUCAAAACAGAGUAUCUCAAAAUGAGCUUACAGAACGUAUUCUCGCAGUUCGGUAAAAUCCUGCAGAUCUCCAUCAAAAAGAACUUCCGUAUGAGGGGGCAGGCUUUCAUCAUCUACGAGGACGAAGAUAUGGCCGAAAAAGCGCUUAAAGCAAUGGACGGGGCGCUCUUUUACCAAAAACCCCUAAUGAUCAAUUACGCUAGGAAGAAAUCCGAUGUCAUUGCCAAGAAGACAGAAGAGAUCUCUGAAGAAGAGAGGAAGAGGAGAGAGGACAAUAAUAGAAAGUUCAAGCAGUGGAUUGAGUACGUCAGGAACUUAAGAGCCCAAGAGAAACUUAAUAAGCUCAAGCACGAACAGAACGAGCUGAUGAACCAGAGUCAUAAGAGAGGAAGAGAUAAUAAUACUUAUGGAGAUGAUGAUCAGCCAGGUUUCCCAGGUCAAGAAGGUGGAGGGUCUUUGAAAAUCAGGAAUUUACCAGGGUUCAUUAACCAAAUGUCUCUACAUGGCAUUUUCCAAAGCUAUCCAGGAUUUUCAGAGCUAAGACUUGCCCAAGGAAGUGAUAAUGCUACCAUUCUAUUCAACUCACAAGAAGAAGCAGCUGCUGCAUUUAUGGGUCUCCAAGAUUACAGAUUCCAGGACGGACACAAGAUGGAUAUCUCUUUAAAUCACUAAUCUGUCAAUUUUUAGAAUAUAU